AUGAACAACGAUUUUGAGCGAGAGGUUGGUUUUAUCAAUAGUGAGCCAUCGCUUGCAGAGUGCCUGACAUCCUUUCCUCCUGUUGGCGAGACAUUUCAAAGUUCAUCAAUCAAGAACUCGACGCUUUCACAUUCGACACUGAUUCCUCCUCCUUUUGAGCAAAGCUUCUGCAGCCUGGACCAUGGUAACACACACCAAAAUGGGAGAACCCACACUUCAAAAGGCACUGGCCGGGCCACGUUAGGGGAAAAACCUCUGGAAUAUCCGUGGAUGAGAGAAAAGAAAAACCAUAAGAAAAAACCAGCACCAGCGACGGGAUCAUUCUCAUCUUGCUCUUCCAAUGAAGAAAACGAAGAGCUGAAUGAAACAGACAAUGGCGGUCCCUUCGACAGCUCAAGGAGACUGCGAACCACUUACACUAACACACAGCUGCUGGAGCUGGAAAAGGAGUUCCAUUACAAUAGAUACCUCUGUAGACCUCGGAGGGUAGAAAUCGCAGCACUACUCGAUUUAACAGAAAGACAAGUCAAGGUCUGGUUUCAGAACAGGCGCAUGAAACACAAGAGACAGUCUCGAUUCAAGCAGAGUCAAAACUGCGACUCCAAGCGUCAUUUUAACCCCCAUGUGAAUCAAAGUGGAUUUCCCACAAAGAGCUCUGUCGAGACACCUGUAAAUAAAACUUUGAAUUCGUUAGAGACCGAAAACUUUGCUGGGCAAGAGAUUGGUGACUCUCAUCAGAAAGACAUAUUGAGUGAAAUCAGCAGUGAUCUGCUCAGUGUUAUCGAUACUUCUUUAUUGUACAUCGAGGGGAACCAGAGCCAAUAUUUCCCCCAAACCUCAGAUGGAACAGACUACUCGCUGACCAUGCUGAAGAACUGCUCUGCUGGAACCAGCCCGAGCAGCCCGGAGAGCUUCAGCAUCCCAUCUCUGGAGGAUUUAGAAACAAUUACAAUUGAACCCCGUCUAGAUUUGAUAGAGGAAUUACCUCAAAUAUCUUUGCUGGGAAACGAGGAUUCGCUGGUUGUACCAUCCAAUGCGUUUGACUUUUUAAGUGACAAUUUUGGCUCGACAGAUUUCCAGCAGCUACAGUUUUAAAGUCGGAUUCUCUCU